AUGGCCGUCAUCAACACCGCGCUCGUGGCCCGCGAGGCCAUGCGCACGCUCGUCAAGCGCAAGAGCUGGCCUGCCGAAAAUGCCGGCGUCAUGGUCGUGUUCUGCAUCGUCUUUGUCGUUGCCGUCGGUCUCAUUGCCCUCUGGAUCACAAAGUUCCUCGCCCGCCGUAGGGAGGCCAGGGAGCGCGCCCAGAACAAGUACUAA